AUUGGUUCGUAACUGGCGCGCAAGGAGAUCUUCGCAUCAAGCAGUGGGACAGGGAUAAUGAGGUGCUGGGAGAGCCGGCAAGCAAUGUUCAAGCGGCCAACAUCGAGUCCGUCUACUCAAUGCUACAACCAUACACCUUGCUUGAGCAGAGGAACACUAUCUCAGCCUCCCUUCCGAUGUCAUCGAACGACACCCUCUUACAGUGGGCACGAUUCCCAGCGAGACUCUGGUGUACCCUGACGAGCGCAAUUUCGACACAAUCCUUGCGCAGGUUAUUCGGCAAAGGAGGCGUCAGGGAGUACCUCAUCGACUCGGUAGACUCCCUAAACUUCCUCUUCGCCCAAGACUUCCGCGACCUGCAAAUCCUCGACGUGGGGCCCCCGGAAUCGCGCGUUCCCGACACCUCGGCACGAGUCGAGGCAUUGUUGUUGGACAGCGUCGACGGCCCAGUCACGGAGCGGGACAUCCUUGCAGAGCUGCAGUUUACCUUCCUCACCGGCACGCACCUCGGCAACCCGGCCUGUCUCGAGCAGUGGUGGAACCUAGUCCUUCAGAUUGUCCUGCGUGCUUACAGCCUCGCCAUCAGCCACCCAUUGCUCGCCAAAGGCCUUUUGCAGACUCUCUUUGCGCAGCUCUUCUACACCGAACACUACGUCGGCUCUUCUUCACCCUCCUCCCCUUCCCCCCUUGCAGACCAGCCAGAUGGACGGGGAACUAAAAAGGACGGGCCCAACAGCGACAGACCGAUAUACCAGUACAGGCCCCGCCUUAAAGAGAAGCUUCGCCAGGUGCUAUCGCAAUACAAGCGGAAGCUCCAGGAGCUGCUUCUGUCUCGCAACGGCCAUGUCACGCCGGCACAGCAGGCCGUUGGCAAGGUGUUUGAGGAACUGGAGGCGUGGCUGUGGCAAUUUGACUGGAACCUCAGAGGGAAUCACACACCGGGGCGGGAGAACAUCAUGCCAGAGAUGGUAGACAGUGAUGAGGAGGACGACGGGCAGCCCGUUGUGGUGGAGCUUGACGAGGAGGGUAGGGAGGUCGGGUUGGUGUCUUUCGGGGACUAGACCGCUACUCUUUCUGUUGUCUUUGGCAGGGGGAACGCGGGGGCUCCUCGUAUGCUUGUGGACAUCCUCUCUCGACUAGUAGUGCUCGACUUGGCUCGAGGAUAUCAUCUCCCUUUGAGUUUGCAGGGGGUUAUCCCCAGUAGCUUUGUGUAAUUUCGACAGAGAGAUGUGAAUGAGAGCGAGUUAUGAGCAACGUCACUGUUACUUAUCCCAUCCGUUGGUAAAAGUGCAGAUAGCCAUUGGGAACGGGUCGCUAAGAAGCUUCAUAACGCAAGCAGCA